AUGAUAAUUCUGAUUGGUGAUGGUGGAUGGCCUUUUGUAUCAUCUCGUGCAUCAUCCUCAUCAGUUGUUAUCGCUGCGUUCCUUCCUGGCUCACCUGAUGCAAGCGUUGCACAAGCUGUUAAUGCAACUCAGCUGGAUCCCAAUGCUAUUCCAGAUCUUAAGAGUUUGUCGAUUACUGUUCGAAGUAAAUCGUACAGUAUUUCAUCGUCAUCGUCAUCUACUACUCUGUCUACUCAAAAUAAUACUGAAAAUACUAAUGUUGGUCUGAUUGUAGGUCUCGUAGUAGGUAUUGUUUGUGGUUUGGCACUGUUGUUUGGAAUCGUCGUUGCUGUGAAAGUUUACGAGAACAAAUAUGGUGGCAUUAGCGCAGACAGAAACGAAACAGUAAAUUUGCGCGAUUUUUCCAUUGUUCAUAACGAGCAUGAUUCAAUCACUCCACCUCAAACAAAAGGCAAAAGGCAGUCUAGGAUUAUAAAACUUCCGCCGAUAAGUCCACAGCAUCUCUCAAACUAUGGGGUGUACCCACCUAUGAAGCAUGACAAAUCUGAUCAUCUACCUGGAGCUCUCUUUAUUACGUCACUCGAGGAUGAAAUUACACAUGAGGUACAUGAUGAUCCUACAGAUUUGCCAAUUGUAGAAAGAAUGUAA